AUGUCAUCAAAAGUUGCUGCGCCGAAGUCCUCAGAUCCCAAGGACGACAAACCUACACAAAAGCCAAACGUCUCCUUGGAAGAGGAUGACGAAUUUGAGGAUUUCCCUGUCGAAGAUUGGGAGGAUGCAGAGGCCGAUGUGCCUGGUGGAAAGGGAAACCUUUGGGAGGAGAGCUGGGAUGAUGACGAUACUAGCGAAGACUUCUCUGCGCAGCUCAGAGAGGAGCUCAAAAAGACUGGAGCGAACAAGUCAUAG